CCAAUUUCCCGCUAAAUUCUCCCUCUUCGCUGCUCCUCCACCUCCCUUCUGCAUCCUCCAAUCCCUCCUGUCCCUCCCCCUCCUUUCCUCUGUCCGUAAUCCGUCCUGCGUCGGUCGGGGUUGCUGGUCCUGUCGACGGGUCCUUCUCCUGACCCCUCGUGGACGGCAGUUCGAAUGUGACAGGUCUGUCCUCAAAACCUUUGCACGAUUAUUUCUUCUGCCGUCCCAUCGGAUCUGUCUUCUGUUUAACCUUCGCCUAUUUUCUCUCUCAUAUCUGUCCUCCUGCCACCUGCACGACGCUGGAGGAACGUGUGUAUUCGCUGCGCGCCUCCAUGGUCCUGCUGCCUCCCAACCACAUGCGAUAACGAGGUUCAUUCCCCGCGUCGUCAUUGCACGUCCCAUCCCUAUAUCCUAAUUUUUAUUUUUUCCUCCCCCCCGCCUUCCUUUCUCUCUGGAUCGCACGCGACAAGACGAAUUAUAGUCAACCAGUCAAUUGAACAACUCACCUCAUAUCCUCGACUUACAAUCAUACAAUGUCCGUCGCGACCAUGCUUCAACCAGCCAGGGCGUCGACCUCGUCGACUUCGUCCUUGUCCUUUCAAACCGUCACUCGCCAGAAUACCAUAUCUUCCCACGAUACGAGAUCGCUCCGCCAGUCGAAGCGGAUGUCUGUCACGGCUUUCUAUUUGUCCAUGUCAGCAAAGGACAGGGAUCUUGAAAUUUCAGAUGAUCUCGCCAAAGCGCAAAGACACCUCCGUGAGUUGAAGUCGAAGAUCUCCACCCAGUCGAAGAAGAAUUUCAUCCUCGAGAAAGAUGUACGGUACCUAGAUUCGCGGAUAGCUCUGCUCAUUCAGAACCGAAUGGCCCUGGAAGAGCAAAAUGAAAUCGCCAACCACCUUACCGACACAGCGGAUCCCCAGGAGGGAUUCUUUCCCAACGACGAAAAGACUCAGACCUACGGCAACCUUCUCUUCCUCCUUCAGACCGAACCUCGUCACAUUGCCCACCUCUGCCGCUUAGUUACCAUGGCGGAAAUCGACUCUCUCCUUCAGACGGUCAUGUUCACCAUCUACGGAAAUCAGUAUGAGAGCCGUGAAGAACAUUUGCUGCUCACUAUGUUCCAGUCCGUUUUGACAUAUCAAUUCGAUAAUACCCCCGAAUACUCGUCCCUUCUGCGUCAAAAUACUCCGGUUUCGCGAAUGAUGACCACCUACACUCGACGUGGUCCUGGCCAGAGUUACUUGAAACAUGUGCUGGCCGACCAGAUCAAUUCUCUAAUAGAAAUGCGCGAUGUAGACCUGGAAAUUAACCCGCUCAAGGUGUACGAGACUAUGGUUCAGCAGAUUCAGGAGGAGAAGGGCUCGCUACCCGAACAUCUCGCGAGAUCCGUCACGGCGGAGGACGCCGCGGAGAAUCAGCAAGUGCAGGCUAUCAUUGCACCGCGCUUGAAGGCUCUGACGGAUAUUGCGAAUGCAUUCCUUACGACGAUCAUUGCCUCUGUUGAAGAAGCUCCGUACGGUAUCAGGUGGAUCUGCAAACAGAUUCGGAGUCUGUCUCGACGAAAGUACCCUGAGGCGCAGGAUCAAACCAUAUGCACUCUGAUCGGCGGCUUCUUUUUCUUGAGAUUUAUCAAUCCGGCCAUAGUUACGCCCAGAUCGUACAUGCUCAUCGAGUCCACUCCGACAGAGAAGCCACGGCGUACUCUGACUCUGGUUGCGAAGAUGUUACAGAAUCUCGCCAACAAACCCUCUUACGCGAAGGAACCGUACAUGGCUGCUCUACAGCCGUUUAUCGAAGAGAACAAGGAGCGCCUUAACAAGUUCCUCCUUGAUUUGUGUGAGGUGCAGGACUUCUACGAGAGUUUGGAAAUGGACAACUACAUCGCGCUAUCCAAGAAAGAUGUUGAGCUGCAGAUUACACUAAACGAGGUCUAUGCCACUCACGCCCUAUUAGAGAAGCACAGCGCCGAGCUCGCACAGGAGCAGAAUUCGCAUCUCCACGAGCUAUUGCAGGAACUAGGACCGGCCCCGCCGCAGGUCCCUCGAAGGGAGAAUCUGACUAUCACGGUACCUCUGUUCAGUCGGUGGGAAACCGCGGUGGAUGACCUGACUGCGGCGCUUGACAUUACGCAGGAGGAAGUCUACUUCAUGGAGGCCAAAUCGACCUUUGUUCAGAUCCUGCGGACUCUACCUCCCAAUUCAUCGGUUACUCGCCGACCUCUCCGCCUCGAUAGAAUCGCCGAAGCGGCAGCCACUCUGAAGAACGAUGCAGUUAUGGUCCGGAAGGGUAUUCGCACUAUGGAACUCCUGAGCCAACUGCAAGAAAUGGGUGUCAUCGACCGUUCUGACGAGUUUAGCCUGCUUCGAGAUGAAGUGGAACAAGAAUUGGUCCAUCUCGGUUCCGUAAAGGAAAAGGUCUUGGAGGAAACCAAGAAGCUCGAGGAAGUGUUUCGAACUAUCCGUGACCACAAUGCAUAUCUUGUGGGUCAGCUGGAAACGUACAAAUCAUACCUACACAACGUUCGCAGCCAUUCAGAGGGCAAGCAACGGAAAGCGCAGAAGCACCAGGAACUCGGACCUUACAAGUUCACGCACCAGCAACUGGAGAAAGAGGGUGUCAUUCGAAAGAGCAACGUUCCUGAAAACCGGAGAGCCAACAUAUACUUCAUGUUCAAGAGUCCUUUGCCUGGUACAUUUGUAAUCAGUCUUCAUUACAAAGGACGGGCUCGGGGCCUCUUGGAGCUAGAUCUCAAACUUGAUGAUUUGCUGGAGAUGCAAAAGGAUAACAUGGAAGAUCUGGACCUUGAAUAUGUCCAAUUCAACGUUUCCAAGGUGCUUGCGCUCUUGAAUAAGCGGUUUGCACGAAAGAAGGCAUGGUAAGACGUUCUUCCUCCGACACCCUUCGAAAAUCCACGCCAUGAUGUACUUGGGACAACUCGUUGAACCGUUGACGGCACCAUCUGUCUUCACUAUGUAGUAUUCCACGAUCGAUGGCGACACGCGUUCUAGGCACCAGUGAUGCCCGUCGACGGGUUUUGCUACGCGCUUGACGAUCUCGAAACGUAUCCCUUGGCUCAAUAUUUAUUCUGUUUCACGAUGGGAUGGGCGGUUUGCUCCUCAUUUCUCCGUGUCCUUUCCUUUCUUCCUCCCUCUCACUCUUGGCCUGACACCGGUCAAUCCCGAGAGUUCCAACGAUAUCUUAUACGAAACGCACACCGUGUUGCUUUCAGUGUUGACUAUGACAAACCUGCUGGCUCAGGGCAGUCAUCACGCAUCACGUAUCAGGUCUUCGGCAGCUGGGUUCUGUUUUUUUACAUGAGUUAUAUACCAUUACAGAUUGUUUGUCUUUAUUUUUAAGUGGAUGGCCACUUGUCUACUGGCUUGCAGUUCUGUUCCUUUGAUGAGUUGAGUUGACUUCUGGCCUCGUUCAUGUUCAUGUUCUUCAUUUUUUUUUUUUUUUUUUUUUUUUCGUCGGAGUAUGGUUCUAUCUGACUGCAGCUGCGUUAAUCAGCUGCAUCUGUAAUAUUUAGUUGGGGCUCCUGCGAGCCAAGGUACAUAUAUAGUAUAAUCAUAUUUAUCAUGACUUCUUGCUUCCUCGGUCGUAGGGGAUAGGAGGUCCAUAUUAGAUUGAUUCGUAGUCAGGGAGAAGCAGAUAUAGCACAAACUAGGAACAAAAGAGUGCAACGCCAAGCAUUAUCAACAGCGCAUCAAUGUAAUAAUAUCUCCACUGACAAUUCUGCGAUGGACGUCUAGCGCCCUCGACGCCGACGGAAUUAUGCAGUCGUCAGUUAGCUGCAUGGCAAGCGCCACAGCAGUUUCCAUGGUAUUCUCAAUCAUAUGCGUAUACUGGCAUCCAUUUGGUAUAUCUCUCGAGUGAUGACGAUGAUGUCAGGAAGACGGAAAGAAUCGAAAUAAGUCCCAAUCAGCAAACCGUUAACGACGGCACGGAGGCUUGUUAAAGUGAUG